AUGUUCACGCCGGACGCGACGUCAAGCGGCAGCCUCGAGGCGCGCCAGCGCGUCGCGCAGCUGCAGGCUGCAACGAAGCAGGUGAUUGCGCUCCGCCGUGUCACGCGCAGCUCGUACUGCGACCACUCGGGCUGGGGCUACAAGCAGGGGCGGAUCAUCAAGACGUGGAAACGCCGGUACUUUGUGCUCAAAGGGCGCGAAGUGAUUUACUUUUCCGAGCGGUCGCCCAGCGGCAAAGGCAUUGACGAGAAAGGGCGAUUUUGUAUCAACGGCGUCGAGUAUACGGUCGAGUAUCCGAAUGCACUGAUCGUUCGAGGCGAGCUCAAGAACCAAGUGAUGAAGAUGCAAGUGGACUCGAAGGACGAGAGCACUGAGUGGUUUGACAAGAUCUCGAGCGCGCUGCAGGCCGGGCACGGCACGCACGUGGCGACACACGACGUGCCCGGCGCUCCAGGUGCAGGUACUGCCGUGGCGAUGAAAGGCUGGCUCUUGAAAGAAGGACAGAACUUUAAGACGUGGAAGCGACGGUACAUGACGCUACGGGGCCGCGUGAUCCAGUACCGCGCCCAGCUGGAUGAAAAACCGCUGGGCGAGACGCGGGUCAAUGCCGUUAACAUCAACGUGGCGCGACCGUUUGCACUGGACAUUUACUCGGACAACAACCGCAUUUUGAAGAUUGCUGCCGACUCGUUUGCCGAGAUUGAAGCGUGGGACCACGCACUGGCGACAGCUAUUGGCAAACUCCCUUGCUUUGGCGAUCCGUAUGCUGGACAGAUUGCGCCGUUUCUUGGCGAGACGUUUGAAGAGAGUGUGUUGUGUGAAGGGUGGCUGUACAAGCGAGGCCAGCGGUCCACGGAGUGGCAACGACGGUAUUUCAAGCUGAAAGGGUUUGAGCUGCAGUACCAAGACGGACCUGGUGAGAGUGUGCCAAAGGGCGCGGGCACUGUGGUGGGGCUGAAACUGGGCGAGACGGGAUCGAACUCGGUGUACGUGCAGCUGGAAUCAGGUCGCGUGCUGUGUAUAAGUGCUGACAGUCAAGACGCUGUGGACAAGUGGGUGCACGCUAUUUGUACGUUGCUGGAUAAGAAUCCCGGGACGCUUGAAAAGGAAGUUGCGACACCGGCAGUUGCAGCCAGCAAGGGUGCGAGCAUUGGUAAUCGGCUAACACGCGCACUCAGUCGAGGUGGUUCUGGUAUAACAGCGCCGCCAGCGUUGCCGGUCAAUCAAGAAGGCGCUAGAAGUAUCAACGGACGCAAGUUGAGUCUCGCGUGUGCAAGUGCUAACCCGGGCAGCUGUGACGACGUCGCGGGGAGCGACGACAGCAGAUAUGGCGGUUUGCUUUUGCACGAAUCUCCCGACGAUGUUUUCGCUUCACUUGGUGCUGGCAGCGCUUCGGCGUUAAUCGAUCCGCGGCCUUCCGUGACCGGUCUGAAUCGAAAGUGCGGAUGGCUUCGCAAAGAAGGCGCUCGUGUCCGCUCACUGAAGCGCCGUUACUUCAUGGUCGAUGGCAACAAGCUGUACUACUUCGAGCAAAUUGGUGAGGCGCCGCGCGGAAAUGGCGUUGUGAAGAGUGCUGUUCCCAAUGAUGCGUAUCCGAACUGCCUGGAUCUCAUCCUGACAUCAGGCCGCACGUUGCGCGUAGUGGCGGAGUCUUCGGACGAGAUUCGGUCGUGGCUCGAUCAUUUUAGCGAGUGUUGUUUGUUGGGCGAUGGCGAAGAAGAAUGUCGAAGUGCCACAGAGAGGCUAUCAAUUGGUGCAGGUGGGGAUGAUACUGCAUCUAGCGUGGUCGAGACGGGUAGUGGCUGGCUACUGAAGAAGGGCAAGAACUUUAAGAACUGGAAGCGCCGCUUUUUCAAGCUAGAGGGCAAGCAGCUGUCGUAUUCGAGUGCGCCGGAUGCUCCGCCUCUCGGACGAGGCGUAGUUGCCAACGUUGGACUUGGCAAUGACCGGCCAUUCUGUCUGGACGUUCGCUUUCAGAAUGGCCGCGUGAUGCACGUUGUUGCAGGUAACGAGAGUGUGAUGGUGGCCUGGAAUCGUUUGUUGCAAGCUGCUGUACUGACAGAGCCGGUCGAAAGCGACCUGGAGCAGGACACGCAGUUUGACUUUGACGAUGCUGAGGAGGAUGCACAUUUGGACAACAUGCACACCCUUGUGACGGCUGCCACAGCUUUCAGGCGUGGCUUGUCAAAGGCGUCGUCGACUGUUAGCGCAACGUCGAAUGAUGAUGGCUGCAAACGGCGAGCCGAGCUGACGGUACGACCCGUGCGUAAGAGCGCGGAGGAUGAGGUGAGGCCGACGAACGAACGAGCGGGGGCAGCAGCUAUGGUGGGAGUAGAUCGGCGGUCACUUCCUUUGGGUAGUGCUGAUACAGAAGAACCAGUCGUGUGCAGCGGGUGGCUGCGAAAAGAAGGCGGCACGGUAAAGAACUGGAAACGACGCUACUUUACUCUGCACGGUACCAUCCUCUGCUACUUCAAAAGCGACAAUGGCGCGCUCCUGCGCAGCUUCACGGUAUGCCACGUCGUGACGUUGCGCACCAAGAAACUAUGUUUGGAGAUCACAACUGAGGUGGGACGCAAGCUAUUGGUGGCCAGCGAGACGCAGGCCGAUUUGGAUCGGUGGCUGGACCACCUGCAUCGUGCCAUUGCGGCAGAAAAGCGAAGGAAGCACUGCGACGCUUUACAAUGGACAACGGAAGCUCGUGCCACUAGCACGCCGCUAGUAUUGCCUGCAGAGGCUUCCAAAGCCGGUAACCUUGCGUAA